CUGGAAUGGGCUGGGGGCGCUUUUGGGGUGCCCACCCGCGGGGGUCCCACGCGUGGGUAUUUGGGGCUGGAUGUGGCUGUAUGGGCCCCCAGUGGGGCGGGGGGCAGUGGCCUGUAUGGCACGGCAAGGGGCACAGCGCGGUGCCAGGCGUGGGGCGCCGAGCCCUUAGCAAGGGGCUGGGGGCUGCGGGGUGCCAGGGGCUGCGCGGCGGGGUCACCGUGUUGCAGGGCCGGGGGCAGCGGGGGCAGCAGCACCGGGACCGGGGGCAGCGGCGGGGAGCCGGGGAGGGCGGCAGCAGGUGGGCGAGCAUUGCCGGCGCCAAUGAGCAGGCGCUGGGCUCCCCUAGCAACACUGCCCGCGCCAAUGGGCGCCCGCAGCUGCUGCAACGCUGCCUGCAACGCUGCCUGCGCCCGGACCCCCGGGAGACCCGUCCCCGCCACGGGCAGCGUGCUCCGGCCACGCGCGGGGCGGGGGGCACAGGGCUGCCUGCCCUCCUUCUGCUCGGCCCGGCCGUCGGGGGAACCUCGCUCGCACCCCGCAUGCUGCCAUCGGUCGUCGCGCCCGGGCUCAGCGGUUAAAGUCCAAUCCUGCUUAGCAUCCUCCCCGGGGACGGACCGAGGGGCUUAGGCAGCCCCCCUGAUCCCCCCGGGAUUAGGCGCCGCGCUCAGCCCUCCCUCGCAGCCUGCUCCGGGCGGGUUUGCCCUGCCCGGCCCGGGCUGCCCGUGCUUUAUCCCCAAAUAAAGGGGCUGGCGGCAGGUGGGGUGCAGCGGUGCGAGGAUGGGGUGAGAGGGCAGCAAGGAAAAUGCGCCCGACUGCUGCCCUGGGGAGGAGGCAACGUGCACGGAGAGGAGCAAAGUGAGGCAUCGGGGGGAUUAAAGCCUGGCACGGUGCAGGGCGCGAGGCUGGCGGCAGCACUGGCAGCUGGGGCUGCUGGUGGAGAGCCUGAGCCCGUGCUGGCCCCGCAAAGACAGAGAGGCGUUGAAGUCACUGCAGGUCCUGCGUGGGAGGACGUCCUCGCCUUGUCAUGAGCUGCCCGUGUCCAGGGCAGGGGGGAAAAUGUGGCAUAAUUGCAGCCUGUGCCCUCUUUCCGGGCCCUCCCCAGUAACUUGGUGGGGUGUUUGCUUUUGUGGCCGGUCCCGAGCUGGCUGCUGUAAAGUGACACUCGGAAGGACGGAGCUGGCGCGGGGACAAGUGGUGACAUUAAACCGAUCCCAAACAAACCGAGCCUGGAAACGCGCCACGGGAACAAAGAGAUGCUGGAGCGGCCUCCAGGUGGGAGCGGGCAGACAGCAGGCUUAAUUGGGCUUAGGCUGGAGCUGGCUCAGUCUUUGCGAGGGAUUAUGACCCCUCCGUCUGUGGAGGCACCGCAGGGGCCCCAGGGUCCUCCUGCUCCGCGUCCUGGCACAGCCGCGGGCAGCGUGGCCGUGGCGUGCCCAUGCUGGGGGAAGCCCUGGGGCUACGUGGGAGCGGUGCGUGGGGUCUUGGGGAAGGGGCAGCAGCUCCCCACCGGCCCCCUCAGGUCGGCGUGGGAGGGCUGGGUCUGGUGCGGGGACCUGCUGUUCUCUGGGGACGCUAGGAGCUGGAGCGGGGAUGAGAAAUAGCCAGAAAUAUGAUUAGAGGAUUGGUGAAAAUGCCUUAGAGUACAAGCGUUAAGAGCUCAAUCUGUUUGGCCUAUAAAAAUAGAAGAUUGAGGGGUGACUUAAUUACUGAGCAUAAUUACUUCACAGGCAGAAAAUACCAGGUAGUAAAAGUCUCUCUAAUCUAGCAGGGAAAGGACACGCGGGAGCCAGGGGCAGGAAAUUGAAGCUGCAGGCAAAUUACGAGGCGCAGCAUCCCAGCCGCGAAGCCCCCCGGGGACGGGCACGGCCCCCUGGGGACGGAGCAUCCUUGCUGCCACCUUCCUGGGCGAUGGCCAGCUCCUGCUCGGCACCAGGACAGCAGCACGUCUCCGCUGCCGUUCCCCAGCUCCCUUUCUCCCCAGCCCAGCAGCAAUGGGCUGGGGUGUUUUUCCGCGGCCGGGUGCCCAUCGCCGGCGAGCGCUUGCCAGCGGUGCCCACAUCCCCUUUCUCCCACCCUCUCUCUCCAGCUGGAGCCGGCGCCAGGGCGCAGCUUUGCCCGCAAGCAAUGGGGCAGGAGCGGAGGUUUUGACGCCAUCCCCAGGAGUUCCCAGAGCCAUGACUGCAACGGUGCAGACGCUGCGCUUCAAGCUGCUGCCGCCGCACGACGCGGGCCAGGAGUGGGCGCACAGCUGCCAGCAGGAGAUUGAGCGUCGCUACCAGGUGGUGCCCUCGGUGGUGUGCGCCAUGUGCUGCCUCUUCGGCAUCAUCUACUGCUUCUUCGGCUACCGCUGCUUCAAGGCCGUCAUGUUCCUGACGGGGCUGAUGUUCGGCUCCAUCAUCAUCUUCAUGCUGUGCUACAAGGAGCGGGUGCUGGACACGCAGCUGAGCGUGGAGGCUUCGGUGGGCAUCGGGCUGGGCAUCGGCGUGCUGUGCGGGCUGGUCACCAUGCUGGUGCGCAGCGUCGGCCUCUUCAUGGUGGGGCUGCUGCUGGGGCUGCUGCUGGCGGUGGCCACGCUGGUGGUGAUGGAGCAGUUCUACCACCCGCCCACGGUGUGGAUCCCCAUCGCGCUGCUCCUGGGCGUGGGGAUGCUCUUCGCCGUGCUCACCCUGCAGUGGCAGCGCUUCUUCACCACCCUCUCCACCGCCGUCUUCGGCAGCGCCAUCAUGACCGUCACCGUCGACUACUUCAUCGAGCUCUUCCUCCUGGUGCAGUACAUCUACGAGCGCAUCAAGGUGGCCCCCGCCCGCCCCGUGUGCUGGUACAGCUGGGUCAUCCUGGGCGUCUGGCCGCUGCUCACCGCGCUGGGCGUCCUGGUCCAGUGGAAGGUCACGGCCGAGGGUUACUCUCACACUGAAGUGAUCAUCAGCCGGCAGCAGCGCCGCGUGCAGCUGAUGCGCAUCAAGCAGCGGGAGGACCGAAAGGAGAAGAAGAAGAAGCGGCGGCCCCACCACCCGCCGCCCCACCAGCACAAGGCCCACCCGCCCGAGCCCGCCUACCGCCGCAAGCCCAACCCCGUGCGCCGCUUCGAUGGGGACGUGCUCUCCCCAGUGAGUCCUGCGCCCAGGAGCUACAUCCAGAGUUUCCGGGAGCGGCAGACGGGCCCGUCCCUCAACAGCCUGAUGGCCAGCUCCCACGCCGUGGUGGACCUGGACUAUGACUGCAGCUCCACCGUGCCCCUCACCACGGGCUCCGGCCCCGCUGUGCGGGUAUAAGCCAACCCGGUGACCUCGAGCGACACCAGCACCCCAGCCUGCUCCCGCAGACCCCCUGGGACGCGCGGGGCUGCUCCUUUGGCCUCGGGUGGCCAUGUGCGGCCCCAGGGUUGUGGAGGCUGCGGAUGGAGACCCUUCUCGGGGCAGCGUGGGACUUGGCUCGGCAAGCCCAGGAUGCCCGUGGGUCCGGCGGUGCUGGGGACACCCUUGGGCAGGGACUGAGCCCGAGGACUGGGGACACGAGCACCCGCGGACUCGUGGAGCGCGGUGUGAGCGGCUCUGCUGCGCCUUUCUCCAUGGCCCAGGCUCGUCCUGCAUCCCCACACCUCCCUCCCCGUACUCCAGCCCCCCGUGCCCCAGAGCAGCUCCCCGUGCCUGUUCCCUCCCCGUCGUGCCCCCACAGCAACUCCCCAAGUGCCUGUGCCCCGCGUCUCUGUCUCAGAGAGCACCUCUCCGAGCCCUUGCCCCAAGUGACUCCCCGAGCAUGUGUGCCCCAUCCCACCCCAGCCCCAAGGGCAGCCCCCGGGCAGCGCUCCCCAAAACCUGCCUCCUCAAGGGACCCCCCUGCCCUAGGCACCCUCCUUGCCCCCAGAGCAGCUUUGCCUGCCCCACCUCGCUUUUCCUGGGCUGGACCGGGGCAGUCCUGGGGCAGAGGCUGCCCAGGCCCAGCGGUCCCCGUGGGGAUGCUGCCGUGGGGUGGAGGCACCGGGGAGCAGGCGGCACCCAUCCAGCACGAGCUGCACUGGCGGGGCACCGCGUACAUCUCCCUCAAAGGUUUAGACGGGAGACAGGACGAGGGAUCCAGCUUUUGGGUGAGGCCGGGCUGCCUCAGGGACCCCUGCAGCACCAGAGGCCAUCGCGGUGUUGCUGGCGACUGGAUUUUAUAGCGGCUGGGGGGGCCUGGGGGCAGCACCUCUGCGGGGCAGGGCAGGAGCCCCUGCCCAGAGCGCUGCUGCAGACAGAGGCUCCCGCCCUGUACGUACUUCUCUUGCUGUGAUUUGUAUUAAUUUAUUACGGAGUGAGCCAGGACUUCCCCGCAGCCGGGCAGGCGGGACGGCGCUGGGACCAGACCGGGGUGCCCCCCCCCGGGGUGCCGUCUCGUCCCCGGCUGCUGCCCCAGGAACCGCAUGUUUCUGCCACGCCGUGUCCGCAGCGCCGCGACGCCGUCCCCCUUCCCAGCCUCUUUUGUAAAUGUGCCAAACGCUGCUGAGGCCACGGCCGUGCAGUAAAGAGCCUUUCGGA